UAUAUUUAUUAUUGACCAUAUGAAAACAAUGGAUGCAUUUGGGGCUUUUUUCCGCUCAAGAGAAUAUUGAGUACAAGUUAGUGAAAUAAAUGAAAAAAAUGUCUGAUGUUGACUCUACAGUCAGAGAUGACAUUUAUGUUUCUUCUUAUGAAUAUAGUAUUGAUGGUAACAGGAGUACACCAUGGUGAUAAAAAAAAAUAAAAAAUUUAACAGUUACACAAAAAUUCACUUUUUGUUCUUCUAGGAUUACCAAGCUCAAGAAAUGUUUAAGCAAUGACAAAAAAAGCUUGGAAUACUUAGAACUUUUUUACCAUGAAUGGUCUAAGUCCUGGAAAAUAUGUACCAAGCAGUCCCAUUUGUACUGACCCUUUUAGUAGCAAGUACUCUGUUCAGGAAGACAUUGGCAGAGGAAAAUUUGCUGUUGUAAAAAGAUGUAUCAAUUUAGAAACUGGGGAGGUGGUGGCAGCCAAGUUUAUUCGCAAGAGACGUAAAGGGAAAAGCUGCAGAGAAGAGAUCCUGAGAGAGGUGGUUAUGCUGGAGCUAGCCAUGGCCCACCCUCGACUUGUCUCCCUGAGAGAAGUUUUUGAAACACAGAGUGAAUUGAUACUUGUCACUGAGUAUUGUUCAGGGGGUGAGCUGUUUAAUGAGUGUGUUAUCAAUCAAUCUUUUAAAGAAGAUGAUGUGAGAAGACUGCUUGUACAAAUUCUGGAAGGAUUAGCUUAUUUACAUGACAAAAACAUUGUUCAUCUUGACCUGAAGCCUCAAAAUAUUUUACUAACGAAACCAUUUCCUGGAGGAGAGGUUAAGAUAUGUGACCUUGGCUUUGCCUGCUUGACCAAUACUGGAGAAGAUAUUCGUGAUAUUAUAGGGACACCAGAUUAUGUUGCUCCUGAAGUCUUGGAUUAUGAGUCACUUAAUAUACAAACAGAUAUGUGGAGCUUGGGAGUACUGACCUAUGUAAUGCUGACCACCUGCUCACCUUUUGCUGGAGAUAAUCAACAAGAAACAUUCUGUAACAUUACACAGGUGAAACUUGACUUCCCAGAUGAUCUGUUUGGUCACAUCAAUCCAUUGGCUAAAGACUUUAUAGAAAAACUACUUGUGAAGAAACCACGUGAUCGCAUGACAGCCAGACAGUGUUUGGAUCACCUUUGGCUUAAAGACUUAAAACAAACUAUGUCGAUAAAUGUCCCUAGUCCUGAUCAUACUAAGGAGUUAGCCAGUGAAAUGGCCAUACCAAGUAAUUGGCACAUGUCACCUGACCGAAGGUCCAGUACAUCUGAAAUCGAGGUUGGCCAAGCUGCAAACAUUUUUCCAGGGCCAUCUUCCACUUUGAGGCUAAGUGAAGAGAAGGAUUUAAUUAGUAAGACUCUGUCCCACAUAGAGAUAGACAGAAGUAGCUCCACAUCUUUUGAAACCUGCCCAGAGAGCAUUUAUGGCAGUCCACAGAAAAUAUCCUCAGAAACUUUAUUUGUUGAUAGUUUGCAAAAUUUAUCAGCAGUGGAUAAUCUCCACACCCUGUCUACUGAUGUUUAUAAACAGGCCAUUAGUGAAUCAAUAAGCAGUGACUUUUAUAACAAUCUUGCACAAAUCGAAACCAGCAGGACUUUGUCCAUUUCAGAAAAUGGAUUGAAAAAUAGUUAUGAGUUUUGUUCAGCAAGCAGUUUUAUUCCAUUUGAUGCCAUACCUUCUGAUGUUAGCUUAUCUGCCAGUUGUCUUUUAGAUAAGUUCAACCAUCAUUCUGCUGCAGCAAUUUGCCAUUCAGAUAAAGUUAGUCAUUAUACAGAUCCAGUCAGUUUUCAUAAAGAUAAAAUUAGUCAUCAUUCAGAUCCAGUAAGUAGUCAUUUGGAUAAAGUUUGCCAUCAUUCAGAUCCAGGUAUUUGUAAUUUGGAUAAAGUUAGCCAAUAUUCAAAUCCAGGUAUUUGUCAUUUGGAUAAAGUUAGCCAUCAUUCAGAUCCAGCCAGUUGUCAUUUGGAUAAAGUUAGCCAUUAUUCAGAUCUAGCCAGUUGUCAUUUGGAUAAAGUUAGCCAUUAUUCAGAUCCAGCCAGCUGUCAUUUGGAUAAAGUUAGCCAUCAUUCAGAUCCAGCCAGCUGUCAUUUGGAUAAAGUUAGCCAUCAUUCAGAUCCAGCCAGCUAUCAUUUGGAUAAAGUUAGCCAUCAUUCAGAUCCAGUCAGCUGUCAUUUGGAUAAAGUUAGCCAUCAUUCAGAUGCAGUCAGCUGUCAUUUGGAUAAAGUUAGCCAUCAUUCAGAUCCAGGUAUCUGUCAUUCAGAUAAAGUUAGCCUUUAUUCAGAUAAAGUUAGCCUUCAUUCAGAUAAAGUUAGCCAUCAUUCAGAUGCAGUCAGCUGUCAUUUGGAUAAAGUUAGCCAUCAUUCAGAUCCAGGUAUCUGUCAUUCAGAUAAAGUUAGCCAUCAUUCAGAUAAAGUUAGCCUUCAUUCAGAUAAAGUUAGCCAUCAUUCAGAUCCAGCCAGCUGUCAUUCAAAAGCAGUUCAUGACAGUAACAAAAUGGAAGUGCUGAACAAAAGAAUGUCCAUGGAGAUACCGACAAAAAAGGCCAAAUGUUUACAGGACAUGGACGAUGCUGCACCUGAUGGCAAUGUUCCUCUUGCUCAUCCAGAGCAAUCAGAAGCAGAUGCUUAUCUCAGAGAACAAGAUAUACAUGACUGCAAUGGCCUUGAUGAUGUUAGAAAUUCAGUUUAAUCUUAAGUGCCUAAGAAUAUCUUUACUAUCUAAUACUUUGGCUGUGUUGUUAUAAUUGUAUUUGUUUUUUGUUUAGGUUUUUACAAUCAUUGGACACUUUUUUUUUUCAAUGUAUUUAUUGAAAUUAUUUUUGUUCCUAUGUUUUGAUGAUGUUUUUAUACUCUUAACAAAUAAGUGAUAUUAUAAGUUUUUAUUCACUAAAAAUAUAAAGAAUAUAAUUAAAAUUAUUUUCUUUUGCAAAAAUCCAAUUUUCUGAAAUUUAAAACAGUCAUCUGUAUCUGUACUUCCUAAAAUAUACUUUGAGACAAUAGCAAGCUUACCAGGUUAUAGUUUCAAUGAUUAACAUGUUCAUUUUUUAAAAUACUUCAUAAAAGUUUAGCCAAAAUGUCAAUCACAAACCUGAUAUGCAAUAAAAUGAAAAGUUCUAGCAACUUAUUUUGUGCAAUUUUAAGUGGAGUAGUUCUUUAACAAACACCAGGAUUAGUUCAGUUUUUUCCCUUAUAUAAUUAAAUUAAGAUUUUUAGAUAAUAAAAUCAAAACACAAAGUUUCAAUACAGAAUCAAUAAAGAUAAUUUGUAUGCUCUUAUCUUAAAUAGUUUUGUAAAUAUUUCCAAAUUUGAGUAACAUUAGAAAACGUGAUCAUUUUAAUCAAUUAAACUUUUAUUAUUUUAUCUUUCACUCUUGUGUUUCUAAACUGAGAACAUUAAAACUAUUUCCAUAUUACUUUAUUGUAUAAAUGACUGUUUUUUUUAAUUAAUAGUAUAAAUUAAAUAACAAGAAUAAAUAAAACUAUUAAUUAAAAACACUUUUUAAAAACAUGCUUUUCAAACACUUGAAAUAUCUUGCAUAUUGAAUCAUUGUCAUAAAAAAUAUUUCAUUUUAAUAUUUGGUUAAGAUGCAGUGAGCUAAAAGUAUGAGAUAUACAUUGUUGAAUCACGUAGUUAAAAAAGAUAAACAUGUUUACUGGAACUGUAUUACAUUUUUUAAUUUUAUUCUGCGAAAGAUUUAUUCUUUAUCAUCCUACUACCAGAUGUCUGUACUUUUCAUUCCUAACAAAUAAUACACAAAUAGAUUUCAGGAAACUCUCCAGAGUAACUCAAUUUUAUAUCUUCAUUCCACUCAGUUCUUUUGACAGAAAAUUUGAAUAUAAUAUCUUGUUUUGACCAAAUCAUUUUGUUUUACUGGGGAAAAAAUCCAGACUAAAACAAAACUUGUAAUUUACUGCUGAUGAUCUCUUGAAUGUGAAACAGAAGUGUCAUAGGUUGGAUGAAAUAGAAGUCAGCUAUUUUUAUCAAACUGUAGGUUAUAUUAUACAUCACAUUGUGUUGUAGCAGUCAUCGUCAUAUAUUGCAAUGAGCUUCCUGUAUGCUUAUUGUGAUUUUAAGAUAAAUUAUUGGUUUAUUUAUUUAUUUUUUUUUUUACUUUUUUAUUGUGUGAAAGUGUUAAAAAAAAACGCAUACCUUAAGAAGCUGAAAAGAAAACAACACCUGCCUUUGUGUAAAAUAUUGUGUCAGAGAAUUGAUAGUAAACUUAAACCUGGUGGUGUAUACAUUUUAUAUUUCAUUAGUUCCUAAGAAAAGAUAUCUAAAACCAUGAUCAUUUGAAAAAUGAAUAAUUUCCAUGCUUGCCUUAUCUAAAGUAUUCGAUGAGUAUUAUUGUCUAUUGCUUUUGCUCUAGAAGUAUUAAGAAUUUUUUUAUUUUUUUUUUAAUAAAAAUUUAUUUCUUGAUUUAAAAAGAAAUGUACGAAACUAUUACAUGCGAUACUGAUCCCAGCAGACAAAACUUUUGUCUUUUUUAUAAACUGCAAAUAGGUAGGUUUCAUCCGGGUAGCAUGUCGAAUUCUUCUGUCUUCAUUGAUUUUUAGACUCAAAAAGCAAUGUCUUAUUAUUAUUAUUAUAGUUUGAAAUAUACUAUAUAAUUAGAAUCACUGAAACUCAACAUCUAAAAAUGUACAUUUGAAUUACAUCUUUUUGACCUACAUCUGAUUUUGAAAUAUUUUUGAGGUUGCUAUUGGUAUAUUUUACAGGGGUAAUGAUAUACAGUGUCAUAAUUGUAUGUCAUUAUCAUUUUUAAAAACUGUCUUCAAAUUGUCAAACUAAAUAAAGUGUGUACAUUAUUGAAUUUGUGUGUGUGUGUGCAAUAGCUCUUGCCUUCAGAAUACUAACAUUGGUUUUAUACUGUGAAAUGCUAACCCAUUGUGUUCCCCCUUUCCUCAGUCUCUCUCAGAUUGUGGUGUUUGUUAUUUGCUACUUUCUCUGUGUUCAGUGGGAAAUGUAGUGAAACUUAAUUCUUAAUGACAAUUUAUUUUUGUAUAAAAAGUUUUGCCGGCUUGUUGAGUUAAUAACUUUUCAUUUGGAAAUAAAGUACUAGUUUGUAUGAAAGUACAACUUUAAAAAAGAAAAUUCAGCAGAAAGCUAAUAUUUGUGAAUCUUUUUUUUUUUUUACAUUUAUUUAUAUAAAAAUUAUUAUUUGGUUAUUAAGAAUAUAAGAAAUAACUAAAGAGUUUUUCUUUGUUACUCAGACAGUUGAUAUUUCUAUUGUUGAUAAAUAUCCCAGUUGAUCUGCUUCUAUCAAACAUAUCCCAAACUACUGCACAAGGUACAACUGAGGAGCAAGUUAGCUGUCUACAUGAAGAUGUUUUUUUUCUUUGUUUAAAUUGUAUAUUUCAAAAUCUAUACAUGUCAUAAUUUGUAUACUCAGUCAAAUGGUCUUGAGAUGGCAUUGGUUCAUUAUUCAACUUAUAUACCUUUUUUAUAUUCGUUUUUGUUAUUAUUUGUUUGAAUCUUGAUCAUUAUUAACAGGUUUCAUUGAGCUAUAUUUUUAUUUCUAUAAUAUGCAUAUGUAUAGAUACACCAUUAGACAAGCAGACUUUAAAUUACCCAAAAGCUAAAAUCAAAUCAGUGCAAACAAAACGUUUCUAAAAACUUUUGAACAGGUUAGCCUCUAAAUGAUUUUGUUAAGUAUGUCUGUCUAUUUAUUUUAAGAAUAAAAUGAUCUAGUUAAAACUGUUUGUAUAAUUGAUGCAUUUUCUUUGUGCUUCAGUUUGAAAGUUAGACUAGUUUAUCUCCCUCUUUAUCCCUAAUUAUUGUACACUGCCAAAAACAAUGUAUUUAACAUAACUAUUAACAAUUUUGUGUGUUGAAAAUAGUGGCAUUUUAAUAACAAUUUGUUGUACACAUUUCUAGAAAUAAUAAUGCACUUUUUCAACAGUUUUUUAUCGUACAUCAUCUGUCUAAUCCAUUGUUUCAUCCUGGUCACUAAAAAAUCAAGCUCCUGAAGUAAUCAAUUUAAAACUAUUUCAUUGUUAUGUUGAUGUUUCAUAACAAAGAAAGUCAUAAUGUGCCUCUUAAUUGUGUAUAGUUUUUUUUUUUUUACAUUUGAAUCUUUUUAAACAAAAUAUCAAAAUAGUUUUUUCCUUUGCCAUUUCAAUUUUUUUUUUUAAACCCACUGAGAAUUUUUUUUUUACAAAAGAAAAAAGUAAAUUAAGAAGAUCUCUAUUACAGUUGUAUUGUUUUUAUCUGUUUUGUUUUUCUCCUUGGGCAUCAAUCCUAAUGGGCAUUAUACUAAAGUGUAACUUGACCUUGGAUGGGAUCUGUCUUCCUGACAUUGUAGAGAAUGUUGUUUUAAUAAAAUAUAGCCCAAAUAGUAAUUAGAAUUUUUUUAAAAACUUAUUUCUGAAACAAAAAGCAAAUGACCAAAAAUGAAUGUUUAGAAACAUACUCUCCUCUACUUUGAUGUUUAUCUUUUCUGGCUUUAUUUCUAACAUACUUAUUGAUAUCAUCAUAUAGUCCACACAAUUUUAUGAAAGUAAAUAUGUUUCUUUCCAUCAAAGCAAAACACUUAUUUGUGUUGAUGGCCCAAAAAAAAAUAUAAUUUCUUCUUAUAGAUUUUUUUUUUCUUUACCCUUUUGCAUUCUUCUUCCAGAACUUCACUCUGUCACUUCAACAAAGACAUAUUCAUUAGUUACAUUGAUAGUAUUAUGAUCUUAUUUCUAACCUCAUGUGUCAUGAGAAGAUGAACUGUAUUAAGUGCAUACAAAAGUCAUUUAGUCUUUAAAAACAAUCUUAGUUAUGUCACAAUAAAUGCAACAUUACUUUGAGUUUCCUAUAGAAGUUGUCAGGUUUGACAAAUCUGAUAGAAAAUUAAAAUGCAUAAGAUUUACAAAACAUUUUAGUUUUUUUUUAAUGAUUAUAUGCAGAAAAUACCUUUUCAGUAAUUUGUAACUAUCUAAUGAUUAUUAACUUCUUAUUAUAUAUUAUUUCAGUAUUUUAAGUUAGAACAAAAUAAAAGUCUAUAUCCCCCUUUUUUUCCCCCCUACAUUUUUUUAUCCACAAAAUUUGAUUUAAAAAUGUGAUUAGCCUCCUGAGUCAUAACCAUUAUAGUUUUAAUUUCCAUUCUCUUAUGGAUUUAGUUCCAUGUGUGCCUUGAAUAAUAUUCUGCAUUUUGUCAUUGAUUAUUUUCAAUGCUCUGUUUAUAUUUUUUUAAGUAAUAAAAAAAAAAACAGCUCAACACUAUUAGUCUUUGUCUUAGGUAGUUUCAUUCAAACUUUUCUGAGUCAGCAUUAAAGUAAAAAGCAUUAAACUGUUAAAUAUAUAUAUAUAUAUAUAUAUAUAUAUAUAUAUAUAUAUAUAUAUAUAUAUAUAUAUAUAUAUAUAUAUAUAUAUAUAUAUAUGGUAUAUGUGGUAUAUACACAUAUAUAGUAUAAUAGUAAUUUUUUGGAGCUGGUAGUUUCAAAAUUAGGAAAUAAAAUAAUGUAUUGUUGUAGAUUACUGUCCAAAUAUAUUAACAUUUUUUUUUAAUUGUUGCCAUAUUUUAUAAAUAUAUUUUUUUUAUAUUUGCAUCAUUGUUUUGACUCUUGUUGUUUUAAUUACAUUUUUAUAUGCACUAAUGUGAUGUAUAAUAAAUAAAUAAUAAAAACAUAAGUUAGUUCAUUUGUAUUUUUAUAUAUAUUUUUAAAGGCAAUUUUUUUUCACUUUUAUUAUUAAUUACUGUUUGAAGGAACAACUUCUUAUGUCUAAUUGGGUGUUGAUAUUUAGUUUAAUAUAAUUUAUGGUAUAGCCUCAUGAAAAUCUUGUACAAUUUCUUCAAAAUCUAAUUGUAUUGCUAUAUUUUUCUCUUGUGCACUUUUUUUUUUUUUUUUUUUUUUUUUUUUACACAUUAGGCAGCUAGCAUUUUCUAAAUUUUCAAAAGCUGUCAUAUUAGCUAGCUCUCAAAAAAAGCUCUGAAAGCAUGUCUGUCAUUAAUGUUGCCAUUAAAUUAAUCAACAAAAGUUGUCUAGUUCUCCUUAUCCUGUAUCUCUCUCACCAAUCAUUACUAGUAUUAAUUUUUGUAGAUUAUUUUGCCAGCUUGGUUUCUAACUAUUGUUUCUCAGUUUAAUAGAAAAAUAAAUAUAUCUAAAAAAUGUGGGUCAUUAAAAAAAAAAAAGUAAUUACAAGUAUUGCUUUGCUUAUUUUUCAACAAAGCUAUUUUUAAGUUUUUAAUGUGGUAUUAUUGGGUUCACCAUUGUGAAUUUGUUGUUUAAUUAGUAUAGUUUGAACACUAGAAGUACUAAUUUUAUUUUACUUGUUUGGUUUGGAGAUUAAUUUUUGCAUGUAAAAUGAAAAGUGAUUGUUUAUUUCUUUAAAUUGAAUAAAUUUAUUUAUGGUAUAUGUUUACUAUAUUGAUUAGUGUUAAACUAAUAAAUACAAUUAAAUACAAUGAAAUUUAGGCCUUUUACUCAAAAUAUUGCCACUCAUGUUAAAAUAUUUUUUUGUAUACUAUAAGUAGAUAUGACUAAAUUUCAAAGACACUUAUAAUUGUUAAUUAAGUUUUUGAGUAUUUUGAAAAAUAAAUGAAAUAAACAACAUAUGUAGAAAAAGUUUCACUCUGUAACAUUUUGUUUCCAAUAAUAAUAAUGAGAUUUGUAACUUAUAUGUGUGUUCUUCUGUCAUAUUUUUUUCACUGUGUUGAUUCAUAUAAGGUCAGUGGUGACUAAAUGGACAAUUUUUCAUGUCUUAAGGUUUUUUCAUAUUGUUGAAAUGUUUAAUGAUUGAAAAAAUUGUUAAAGCAAAGUUUCUGUAAAUUUUCCUUUAACAGCUAUACUCCAAUGCACCAAGGUUUCUUUUUCCAUAUAUUAAAAUCAAUAGUAUUUUAAUACCAGUAAAUUUUAGAAUAUAAAGAAAGCUGUAUCUUUCCAAGAUUAUACUAUUUAAUUAUGUCAAUGAUAUUUUCCCCUCUGUGAAUAGUAAAUUUGUUGGACAAAAAGUAAUUACUUAAAUGCAUAAAUGCUUGUUUUUAUGCAAGAUUGUUCACUGCAAAUAAGAUUCAAUAUUCAAUUUUUCAAAUAUGUCGGAAGAUGAAAUCAUACAAACCAGAAAACUUAGAAGCCUUAAAACAAAAUGUAAAGAAACAAUUUAAAAAAAAAAUAAACUUUGAAUUAAGAU